UAUAAUAUUGGGUUGGCGAUUCGCAGCGAUGGCGACUCGAUUCUUCUACGGGACGUAUUGAAACUGGCCUCGGAUAUGACAAAUGUAUUUCCUAACGUGUAAUUUAUUGCAAACCCAGUGCACGGAUCUUCAACUGGAUCAUUAACGUUUCUAUUGUCAUUGCUUUCUCUCUGACUUAGAUUUGGGGUCCAGUGAAGAAGGCCUGUGUUCCUUGUCCAGUGACCCACACUCCUUCACAAGGGCCAUGGAGGAGGAGGGGCCGCAGAGCAUGGAAUGUAUCCAGGCCAAUCAGAUCUUCCCCAAGAAGCCCCCAGUCCUGGAGGAGGGGAGCCUGCAGGUGCCCUUUCCCGAGCUGCAUGGGGAGUUCACAAAGUACGUGGGGAGAGCGGAGGAUGCAAUCAUCGCCAUGUCCAGCUACCGCCUCCACAUCAAGUUCAAAGAGUCCAUCGUAAAUAGUGACAGUUGUUGUGAGGUGUCAGUCCCUCUGCAGCUCAUAGAGACUGUGGAGUGUCGUGACAUGUUCCAGCUCCAUGUCACCUGCAAGGACUGUAAGGUCGUCAGGUGUCAAUUCUCCACCUUAGAGCAGUGUCAGGAGUGGCUGAAGCGGCUGAACGCUGCGGUCCGCCCUCCGUCUUGCUUGGAGGACCUCUUCUCCUUCCCCUUCCAUGCCUGGUGUGUGGACGUGUAUGCCGGGGAGAAGGAGCAGCACGGGGAGCUGUGCAGGCCAGGAGAGCAUGUGACCUCCUGGUUCAAGAAUGAGGUGGAGAGGAUGGGCUUUGACACUCAAAACGCCUGGAGAAUAUCUGACAUCAACAGCAAGUUCAGGCUGUGCUCCAGCUAUCCGCAGCAGCUCCUGGUGCCAGCCUGGAUCACAGACAAGGAGCUGGAGAACGUGGCAGCCUUCCGCUCCUGGAAGAGGUUCCCGGCCGUUGUGUUCAGGCACCAGAGCACUGGGGCUGUGAUCGCCCGCUGCGGCCAGCCGGAGGUCAGUUGGUGGGGCUGGAGGAAUGCAGACGACGAGCACCUGGUCCAGUCCAUCGCCAGGGCCUGUGCUGUGGACUGCAGCUCCCGCAAACACCUGGCAAACGGAUCCUACAUCAAUGGAACCAAUGGCAUCAUCGGCACCAAUGACCUCGUGGACACUGACUUCGAAUCGUCCCUGACGAACAGCUCGGAGGUAGAGACGCUGGCCAUCCAGCCACAAAAGCUGCUGAUCCUGGAUGCCAGGUCCUAUGCAGCCGCUGUGGCCAACAGGGCCAAGGGAGGGGGCUGUGAAUGCCCAGAGUACUACCCCAACUGUGAGGUGGUGUUCAUGGGCAUGGCCAACAUUCACUCCAUCCGCAAGAGUUUCCAGUCCCUGCGCUUCCUCUGCACCCAGAUGCCAGACCCGGCCAACUGGCUGUCUGCUCUGGAGAGCACCAAGUGGCUGCAGCAUCUGUCUCUGCUGCUGAAGGCUGCCCUGCUGGUGUUGAACGCUGUGGACCGCGACCACAGACCUGUUCUGGUGCACUGUUCUGACGGAUGGGACCGCACGCCCCAGAUCGCUGCCCUGUCCAAGCUCUUGUUGGACCCAUACUACCGCACCAUUGAGGGUUUCCAGGUGCUGGUGGAGACUGAGUGGCUGGACUUUGGCCAUAAGUUUGCUGACCGCUGUGGCCACGGAGAGAACUCAGAGGACCUGAACGAGCGCUGCCCGGUCUUCCUGCAGUGGCUGGACUGUGUUCACCAGCUCCAAAGGCAGUUCCCAUGCUCCUUUGAGUUCAAUGAGGCCUUCCUGGUGAAGAUGGUGCAGCAUUCCUACUCGUGUCUGUUUGGCACCUUCCUGUGCAACAGUGGGAAGGAGAGGGAGGACCGUCAGGUUCGGGAGAGGACCUGUUCCGUGUGGUCACUGCUGCGACCAGCCAACCGCGCCUUGAGGAACAUGCUCUACUCCUCCCACUCCGAGACUGUGCUCCACCCAGUGUGUCAUGUACGUAACCUGAUGCUGUGGACGGCAGUCUACCUUCCCAGCUCCUCCCCCACCACGCCCUCUGACGAGUCGUGUGCACCCUAUCCUGUGCCAGGUGCCAACCCUGAGGACACUCCCCUGGGCAGACGUCCGAAGACCCGUUCCUUCGAUAACUUGCCCAGCGCAUGUGAGCUGGGGAGCUCGCUUGCCCCCAACCGGCGCUCCAGUGACCCAAACCUGAAUGAGAAGUGGCAGGACCACCGGCGCUCUCUGGAGCUCAACAUCGCUAUGGGGCCUGACGGAGGGGGAGCUCAGGAAGGGCGUGCUAACGGCCAGCCUGGAGCAGCAGGGCCUCAGGCAGGCACGGCCGACUCUGAGCCGGAAGACAGCCCUGAAGGAGGGCAGAUUGAGCUCAGAGACAGAGCCUCCAAGGGGUUGUUAGCAACAGGAGAAGAGCUUGAGCUCUCCAUUGAGCUGGCUGUGGCAGAGGGACAGAUGGAGAACAUUCUCCAGGAAGCAACAAAGGAGGAGGUUGGUGCCGAUACUCAGAGAGAAGCUAACGUUGCUGCUCCUCCUAUUGCCGUGGCUCAAACUCUAUUUGAUGCUAAUGUUAAUGGAAGAGAGACGGAGAAAGAGGCCAGCACCAGUGAUGGUAAGGCUGAUAAACAAAGUAACAUCAAUGGGGCUGAGAAUCAGACGGAGGCUACUAUCACUAAUGGGCAUCACCCAGAGAAGGGCACAGAUGAACCUGAGGAGGAGUCUAGUGUCUCUCCAGGCAGUUCCACAGACGUUCCAGAGGAGCAGGAGCUGGACGUUCCAGAGGAGCAGGAGCUGGACGUUCCAGAGGAGCAGGAGGUGGACGUUCCAGAGGAGCAGGAGGUGGACGUUCCAGAGGAGCAGGAGGUGGACGUUCCAGAGGAGCAGGAGGUGGACGUUCCAGAGGAGCAGGAGGUGGUAGAGAAGCAGGAAGAAGUGCUGGUGAAGCAUGUUCUGGAGAACCAUACUGCCCAGGAGGAGCCAGACCACAACCCUAGCACCAGCACCCCCAGCCCAGCCCACGCUGCCCUUAGAACUAUGAUCAAUGGCUUUGGAGAGAGGACACCAGUGGCUGCUGAGAAUCACCUUCCACCAGAGCUGAAGUCCAGCAGACAUCUCUCAGAGGUCCUGGUGCAGGCUGACAAGAGGGCCUCCCUCAUGGAGAGCUCAACAGAGACUCUGACUGAAGAGGCCUGCACCAGGCCAGAGGCCCCAGGGCAGGUACCCAUCUGUGCAGGCCCCCAGCCCUGCUCUGAAGGUAGGAGUCAACCCCCCUGCCACAGGAGAGUGAACGGGGAGGCAGAGCCAGAGCAGGGGGCACCCAGGACUUCAAAUGGAGGACACAAGCGGCCCUCCGUCAGUGCCUUCCAGUCUUUGAGUGCUGAUCCCAGCAGGGAGGGACCGUGUAAUGGCGAGAGCUUGGAGGGGGAGCCCUGCAGUGGCCCUCACUGGGCCAAAGUGAAUGGGGAGCGGGCCCCACUGAGCCGCCAGGUAUCCCUGGCCUCCUGCAGCUCCCUGACCCACCACCGCCGGGGCAGCUGCUCCCAGCACCGCUGCCUCCAUGCCCUACUGGGGCGCCCUGCCGCCACACCCAGCCCUGAGCAGCCGGCCCGCAGUCACCUGGACGAUGACGGGCUGACGCUCCACACGGACGCCAUCCAGCAGCGGUUGAGGCAGAUCGAGGCAGGCCACCAGAUGGAGGUGGAGAUGCUGAAGAAGCAGGUGCAGGAGCUGUGGAGCCGCCUGGAGAGCCAUCACCACGCAGCGUCCCUCAGGAUCAACGGAGAUCUGGGAGACGAAGUGACCUCAAUGACAGACUCUGAGUAUAACCUGGAUGCUAGCUGCCUGUCCCGCUGCAGCACAGAGCUCUUUUCCGAGGCUAGCUGGGAGCAGGUGGACAAGAAUGACACUGAGGUGACCCGCUGGUACCCGGACCACUUGGCAGCCCAGUGCUACGGGUGUGAGAGUAGGUUCUGGCUCGCCACCAGGAAGCAUCACUGCAGUGACAGGGAGCCUGUCCAAGAGGUCUGGAACUGUGGGAAUGUAUUCUGUGCCAGCUGCUGCGACCAGAAGAUACCCGUGCCAAGCCAGCAGCUGUUUGAGCCCACCCGUGUUUGUAAGACCUGCUACGGCAGCCUCCAGAUCAAUACAGCUCCCAAUCCCAUGGAACUGGAGCUGGAAGAACCCAUCACAGCCAGCUCCAACUAGGGCCCUGGGAGGGGCUAGGCCGAGCCCCCCCAGCCAAUACUCAGCUAGCCACUGACACGGUCAGGCACUCUACUGAUGAGCUCAGGAGCUGCAGAAUGUCCCAUGUACGUGUUUGCUGCAAAAUAUGGAUUUUCAUGUAUAUAGGUCUGCAAUGCCAGAUGUAGUGGAGGAGGUGAACAAGGUGUUUUUGCUAGAUGCUAAGCACUUUGAAUGGUGGUUAUGCACAGGAAUGGACAGAUUGAUGGAAGGGUGUGUGACGACACACAGAGGACUGCUGGUAGUGUUUGUCGACGUGGUGUAGGACUGGGGCAGCGAUAGAGCAAGGAUAAGCCUGUCUGGUCCUGCUGUCCAGGGGGGGCACGAGAGGGUCAUCUCCGAAUGAUGCUGCAAAGUCUUCUUGAGGGCUUGUGUUCAUUUUUUUUUAAACCCACUUAUAGUUUUCUUACAGGAGUGGUACCAUCAUCCAUCCCCUAGGGACUUUUCUGAAGCUCCAGUGCUUCAGAAACCACUUCUAGUGUCUAGAAUAGGGCUGGACUGUGUUGGCAAGACCUUCCAUUGACUUCUGGGGAACACCUGGAUGAACUUGGGCAGAAUUUCAACUUGAGUUAUGUGUCUGAAGUUAGGACUCUGCCCUAAGCAGUGAGGGUAUUUGGGAGUUACUGAGAUCUAACAAGUGUUCGUUUUUGAAUUGCAUCAAAGUAUGAAUCCUCUCAUAGCUGGUUCCAUUUUGCAACUCUCUUGGCGUGAAUAGGUGCCACACACUAAUGGUAGACGGUGUAGAUAAUGUUGACAGCUGGUAUUAUGACAGAGCUUCUGAACCAAUGCCGCGUUCAAAACAACUGGGAACUCAGAUCAAUCAUGUCAGUGAUCGUCAGGUCGGAAAGUCAGAGCUCUAGAAAGAGGCCUGAAUGCCCAAGUUGGAAUUCCGAGUUGGAUGACUGUUCACAUAGAUUUUUACCAGUCGGAACUAGUUUUUUUAACGAGUUUCCAGUUGUUUUGAACGCGGCAUAAAUUUAAUUUGGCAUUGUCACUUGUUUUCAGAGACCUAAAUAAGCUCGAGGAGAGGCUGUGGAAAUGCAUUCACUUACUCUGCCCAUCACUUCAAAUUAGGAUGACCCCCCCCCCAAUUUACCCAGCAGGCACUUGGCACAUGGUGGCACUGAAGUGGACAUGACAUCACGUUCAAUCCAUCACAACCAGGGUUUAAUAGGAAGUGGUGUAAUGGUUGUCAUGGGGUCACUAAGGGAUGUGCUUUAGUCAUGUUACUGUAUCAGUGUCCUCCUGUGAUGACAGGAACUCAUUUACCAAUGUGUCCUCAUCUGCAGGAUGGGUGAAUUAUUACCCAACACUGACUGCUUAUUUAGUAACUAACUUCCUUGAACAUAAUGAAACAGCCCUAAAAUAUUAAGUUGAGUCAUACAUGCAUCACAAUCUUUCCCUUUGAACAUCCUCACCCACCAUUGCGUCAUGUCCUAUAUAAACCGAGGAAGUGCUGGAUAGUACAAGGGGAUGAAAUGUAUAGCACUGUGUCUCUGUGGAACAUCCAGUGUUGUUCUCUUAGCUGGUUUUCUCCUGCUGAAUUGAGAAGUCACUUAUUUCAUCUCUCUUCAAUAAACUCCUCUCAGAUACAUUUUUGUAACAUAAAUAAUAUAUUCAGAUAAGUAUAUAGCGUUUAAGAAACGAUGUAUAGAAGAAUCCUUUUUUAGUGGCUUACCAAAUUAGUCACCAUAAACCUUUUCAUUUGUAUCUUUUGCUGAUUGCUGAAAAAAAACUAAUUUCAACCUGUUGGAAACAGGAAUCUUUAUUUUUUUAAGGGGGCAUGUUCCUGUUUUGAUGCUGCAGUGGUUUUCCAUUUUAUUGCGAUCAGUACCUGUUUUCAUUAUUUAUUGAUGUUGUAUUCUUGAAUUGCUGUCUCAAAUUUAGACAAUUACAUUGCCACAGGAUAAUCAGUGUUUAUCAGUAGUGGAUCUUAAGGGCCGCGAGAAAAGAUGGCCCAAAUCGAUGAGAUUCCCAUGCACUGACAGAAUGGUGGUCAGAAACAACAACCUAAUACUAUACCCCCACCUCCCACUCACAUACGGUCAUGCAUACCCCACUCAUAUACAGUACAUGUACCACACUACCUCUACCAUACAGACAGGAGCUCCACACACUCAUACAUGCACACAGAUAUUCUCACUGUGCUUGUAGUAGUUGAUAUUUGCUUUUCAGAUGUUCGCCAUCAAUAUUGGCCUUUGUUAUUAAUGAUUUUGGAGUUUUACGAGAAUUAAAUGUACAAAUACAACCCUAUACGAUGUCAAAUUAUAUCCUUCAAGACUGCCAAUCAUUAAUAAUGCCACUUGUCGUACUAGCAGGACACAAAUGAAUCACGGGAUUUCAGCAAUUGUUAUUAUUCACAACUCUCUACCUGAUCAGCAGACUGUGUGAAAGAGCCAUGUAUAGUUUGGACAGCCAUCUUGUAAAACCAUCUGAGGGCUUAGACCAAACUCUUGACUUUUGAUCUCUUUCAAUGACUCCUGAAUAGCUUAUACUGUGUACAUUUCAAUGGCUGGACUAAGUGCUCCAUAGCUUCAGAUCUCAAAGCCAUGUGGGUCUUUCUGGUCAUACUUUCCCAAACUGAGGUUUAACAUUGAGGGCUAAAUUAGUUUCAGAGUAAUGCUCCUUUAGACACUCAUUUACUUCUGGCUUCCAUUAGUGUCCCUGUUGCACUCUGGCAAGGCUAGAGGCUUGUAGGGCAGUUUCACCAUUAGUUGUUUUGCAUAGCAUUUCAGUUAAAGUAGACACUGCCACAGAAAUACAUCAAACAAUAAAGCUGAAAAUGAGUCUUCUAUUCAGUAUGUCACCCACAGAAGGACUCCCAUGAGGGUUGAGCCUGUUUUUUUCUUUUGGUGCUGUUGUGGGGCAUAGCUGGAUAUGAUGAUGGGAGUAUGUGGAGGGGUUGGAUUUACACAUUGUCUGUCUGGAGGAGCCCUUACACUUUGUCCAGUUGGGUUUUUGAGUUAUUUUGAUCUUCUUUGGCUUUCAUUUCUCUUCCCUCAUGUGAUUUUAAGAAGCUGUCCAUCACGUAGUUCCCCAUAGGAGGCAUCCCUGCAAUGGCCCAGGAAUCCGGUGUAAAUGCAAGUGUUUCCGAGCGUGUGUGUCAGAGGGAAACUGGUGCCAAGCAGUUCUUAUACAGGCCUUUAACAAAGCAGUGGAGUCUGCUGAGAGACGGCUCAUAAUAAUGGCCCGACCAGCGCAAAUGGAAUGGCAUCAAAUACAUGGAAACCAUGUGUUUAAUCUAUUUGAAACUAUUCCCACUCCAGCUAUUACCAUGAGCCCGUCCUCCCCAAUUAAGUUGCCACCAACCUCCUGUGUAAUAAAGGGAUAACUGUGCUUUUGAUUUGUUUUCCUCCUUUACCGUUAUUUUAACAAGCACUUUCAACCUUCUCAUGUAUCGUCGGUCGCAGAGGACUUUGUAGCUGUUUCCUGUAACAGGACAUAGCAGUUUCUUGUAACAACAAGUGCUCUUUUUGUUUAGAAUGUUCAUUUUUGUUUUGCUGAAUUUACUUUAAAGAGCAUUACAUUGAUGUAGAAAUAAAGAAAAAUAAAG